CUAGCGGGCCAUAAUUAAUUCGCAUUAAUUUUUAGUGAUGAUAUUGAAAAAUUGUGCUGGGCUGAAUGCAGGACCUUUUUUUUUACUGAGAGAUGUUCAUCACUAGCUAUAAACAGUACCGUUCUCACUACUCACUAAAGUGUACCCACUAACUACUCACUAAGUGGACCAGUAAUGACCAGUUUGUUCAGUAUAUCUGGAGGCACUAGUGUCCCCCAGACAGUGGGGUCUACCAGUAGUGGAUUUAGUCUUAUUCAAUCAUCACAACAACCAGUACAACAGACUCCACCACCUAUAGGAGUACAACAACAACAACCACAACAACAACAACAGCAACAAGCUCAACAACAACAACAACAACAACAACAACCGCAACCAAUAUGGUUUCAAAAUCAAAAGAAACGUAUUAUACCUAACCACUUAGUUCCUAAGAAAAAGGCCAGUUUCCAAAUCGCAGCAUCUAAAACUAAGAAAGAUGGAAAUGGUAAUGGUAAUGGUAAUGGAAAUGGUACAGGAAAUGGUACAGGAAGUGGUAGUGGAAAUGGAAGUAAUCGUGAAAAGAAAUCCAGUAGUCUCUUAUCAUCUAAUGAAUAUAAUUUAUUAUCAUUUGCAGGUCAACAACUGCUGCAACAACAACGGAAACUCUUGGAUAAAGUCGAUGAUACCAGUGUAGAUUUUACUAAAUAUGAUGAAACUUUAAAUGAAACUCUCAUUAAUAAUGAAGAUUUCUUUACAAAUUUUGAUGAAGAUUUACCACCUACUCGAUCAAUUCAUGAUUUAAAUGAUGAAUUUUUAGUUUCUUUAGGUAAUAAACCCGUUGAAAAAAUUGAUUCAUUUAUAAAUAAAGAUCCUAAAACUUUUGAGAAUGUAUUUACUAGAGGAACUAAUGAACUGAAAAAGCAAGAAAGUUCUAUAACCAAAGAAUCUAUGAAUCCAUUAGUUAAUAAUGAAAGUGCCAUUAUUGUAUUUGGAUAUCCUGAAUCAUUAACUAAUCAAAUCAUUCAACAUUUUAAAGAAUUUGGUGAUAUUUUAGAAGACUUUGAAAGUAAUCAUAAAUCAACUUAUUCUUCAUUAAAUUCUAGACAUAAUCAAUUAUCUAAAAAAUUAGUACCUAUAUUUGUUGGAAAGAAUUGGAUAAAAUUAACUUUUGAUAAUCCUGCUUCUGCAUUAGAUGCUAUUCAAGAAAAUGGGUCAGUAUUUAAUGGGGUAUUAUUAGGAGUUAUACCUUAUACUAAACAUGCUAUAGAGAAAUUACAAAAGAGAUCUAUUACGUCUAAUGAAGAUAUUGGAGGUAAUAAUGCUCUUGAUUUAUCAGUAGUUAAACCAGAAAAAUUACUUAAUGGUAAUAGUAAUAGUAACAGUAAUGGUAAUAGUAAUAGUAUUAGCAAUAGUAAUGGUAAUGGAAUUAUAAAGGAAUCCACUCCUAGUCAAUUAACUAAUAAAUUCGAAAUGAAAGAUGGAUCUCAAUUCUUUUUAAAUAAUGGAGAUCAACAAAAGGAGAAGGAUGCUAAACAAGAGAAAUUAGGAGUUUUAGGUAACUUAAGUAGAUAUAUAUUCGGAUUCCACGAAUUAUGAAAUUAACUUAAUUGUAUAAUUUAAAUUGAAUUUACAUAGAUGUCCAUAUAAUAA